ACUGUUCCCAAAGACACAAUGUGGCAGCGAAAUCAAGCGCCGACACCUUCCUGUUUUAACAACCACGUCAAAUGUCAGGUGUUCAUUUAUCCCUUUCAUUCAUCAUUUAUACGCAUUCUGAUUUUUUUCUGCAUGUAAAACUAUAAUUGUACAACGAUAAAAAUGUCUUUUGUGUCAGCAUUUUUGGCUUUUGGUAAUGGAUUAAUUGGACUUACAUUACACUAGGUACCCAACUUACAAACACCCCGACAAGCGAACAUUCGCGGAUACGAACACAAGCCGACUGGUCUAUAUUUUAUUUCAUUUUGCCUUGUAGUCGCUCAAUCAGUAUUUACACUGCUACUGUACAUGCUUGACCAGUAGAGGGCACUGUGACACUGCUAAUGGGACCAACUGAGGCAGCUAGCACUAAUGGGACCAACAGAGGAGAAGUUAGACGCUGGGGAGAUAAAGGUAAUGGAAAGCUAAAUUAUACAACCCGGACAGAGCGUGUGAUUAAAGUUUAUGAAGAGUUAAUAGGCCUGCUUAAUUCUACACCACCCACAGAACACUACCUCUUUUAGAAGAGUCUAACGACGACGACCAUUUGUCCUUUUUUUCAAUAACUCCUCCUCCAACUCCUCCACAACGACGUAUGCUCGGCCACUCCUCUUCAAAGGUAAACAACAUUUAUCAGUACGUAUUAUUAUAUCAUUUUUAUUCUUGUUUUUUUCAUGAAUUAUCCUCGUUUAAUAUUACUACUGCAUCCAAACUCAUAAUUACAUACAUACGCAUAUAAUGUAUAUGUAUACACGUACAUGUAGUACCUAUAUCAUUGGUAAUACUACCUUUUCCCCUACUUAAGAACGAAACAACUUAAGAAUGGUCGUCUGGAACCAAUUGCGUUCAUAAGGUUUACGUCCAUUUUGGUUAGAGUUGGACCUUCUGGAACAAAUUAAUGACGCAAACCAAGGUACUGUAUUUUAUCAACAACCUUACAUUAUUGGUAAAUAAUUUAUUAAUUUCUUACUUUAUUUUGGGCUUUUCCCAUUAGGACCGGUACUUCCACGUUGGUGGAUAAUGAGGUGUUGUGGUAUGUGUGGAUAACGAUGGAGAAACGUGGGUGAGUUUAUUGUUGGAACUGAGCGCUGCUCUUUCAAAGUUAAAAAAGAGCGUCAGACUCUGUGCGUCUCUGUGGGGACGAUGCAUUACUUACAAGACGUUACUUGCACAACAUCACCUUCAAGCGCUUGUUGCAUGUGGAUGAGUCUGCAUUAAUUUAGCACCGAAAUGAGGCCGAUAGCUUAGAUAGAUACUCUAUAUAUAACUUUAGACAUUUUUUAUUAUGCAUUCCUUGGCGGAAAAAGUUUGGAUACUCCUACUUUAUAAGGAUCCAUACCUUGGGGGAAAUCAGUGUCCUAAAACAGGGUCUACAAAAGUUUAAAAAAAGUGUCAAGUGCGGUGUAUUAUUUUUCUUACUACAUACAACAGCUCUAUUACGUACUGUAAUAAUGUUGUGUUGAUGGUGACAUAAUAAAACCUUGAUACUGUAUAACCUUUGUCUUGUUGUGUUAGGCUCCAAACAACCUCCCCUUAUUUAAAACCUGUCAGUCUGUCUGUGCGUUACCAAGGCAACUAGAUGAAAACAUACAGCAGAAGGUGUGCAAACAAAAGUGUAAGAGUGGAAGCUUGUACCAGGGCUGAGAAAAGAGGGACGUAAAGUUUGUUUCAUGGUCACAUGAUGUCCACAGGGGAAUUACAAGGGAAACGACAUCUCAGUAAGUAAGUCAACAAAGUUUGUUUUACAGCAGGGGUGUCCAAACGUUUUCCACCGAGGACCACAUACUGAGAAAUGAAAGGAUGCAAGGGCCACUUUGAUAGUUUCUAAACCAACACAUGUAGAUAUGCAAAGAGGUUACAUACUGUAUCUUUCAAGAAAAAAGUGCAUUUCAGCUUUGGGAUAUCGGUGAAAAAGUGUAUUAUUAGCAUGAAGCUCGGUCUUUGCGCUUCAUUUUUGCUGUUUUUUUUAUACUUUUUUCCAAACACUUCAACUUUCUUCGCAAAUGAUCUUCGUGAAUUUUGGUCUUGUAAUAUUUUGUUUGUUAUUAUGUUUUUUCGUUUAAAAAAUUACUACUUUUUCCUCGUUAGAUGGCAACUUUUUUCUCUUAAUAUUUUGACGUCAGUCUUGUAAAAUUACUGCAGAUUUUUCCUUUUUUUUAUUGUCUAUUUUGUUUUUAAUUUUCUUGUUAAAUUAUAUUUUUCAAAUGUUCCGCAGGCCAUUUUCCCCCACAAAUGGCUCCCGGGCCUCACUUUGGACACCACUGUUUGUUACAUAUGUACAUUUGUUCCUAAGGUCUGGACAUAUAAUAUACAAAUAUAGAACAAUAUAACAUAUAUAUACUACGCAAAGGGUUAAAUGUAAUAAAUAAUGGGUAAAAUAACAAAUGAAAUAAUGGUAAUGGUAAUGGUAAUGGUUUAAUUCAUCCUGAACAUGCAUACAAGUCACCAUUUGCCAGUGUUACUUAGUGGAGUUUCUCACCUUAUUAAUGGGGUUGGGACCAUGGGGUUGUGUUGUGUGUGACCAAACUUUUGGCCUGUACUGUAUACAUUUUUUGUUGAAUUAAUAAUUUUAAAUGUUUCUUAAAAUCAUUUAAUAAUAUAUGCAUUUUUGCUUAUGUGUCCAGAUUUAGGGACAACCUGUGGCAGUAAUAAUGCAACACACAGUCAUUCCAGUCACGCCUCCUGUGCCGUCUCUGUGGAUACAACUUGAUCAUGAGAGAUUUAAAUCACUGGGAAAACACAAACACCAACAUGCAGUCGUACUCAGACGUGAAGCUUGUGGUUCCUUUUUUUGUUUGACGGUCUUUUGUCAUUAACUUUAUUCCUUCACUUGAAGAGGAGGAGUGAGCAGAAAACGUGGCUGCUGGUCGUGGAUACAAUGCUGCAAGGAGAGCAAGAGGAGGAAUAUUUGGCGGGUUUCAUUGUGAGCGUUGAGCAAAAAGUGGAGGAUGAGGAGGACAUGCAAUUCUACAAGGCUGAUGAUCAAGAGGAGCAAGACUGCAAUCCUCUUAUCAGUGCCUGUUGUGAUGGAAUGACUGAGGUGGUGGAGCGCCUGCUGCAGACCAGGGUUGAUAUGACUCUGUGUAACCGCGCCAAGCAGACAGCACUGCAUGUCAGCUCUCCUGAGCUCCAGGAGAGAAUGCUGAGCUGGAUGUCGAGGCCACAUUUGCCCCCUCAGACCAGGCUGCUGCAGGCCGCCUGGCAGGGAGACCUGCACACAGUACAGCACCUGCUGGCUCAGACAGACAAAGUGGAUGUUAACAUCCCCAACAGCGAUGGUCUGACUGCAGUCAUGCUGGCCAUCAGAGACAUUGACCUGUUUGAAGGCAUGGCUUUGUUGCCAUGGCAACACAGGCCCGUGGAAGUGGUCAAAGAACUGCUGAGGCUCUUGGUAGACUUGUGGGUACAAGAUGACAGCGGCUGCUCUGCUCUCACCUAUGCUGCAAACAUCAACAGCCCUCUGAAGGAAGAGAUUGUUCGCAUGAUACUCGAGGCCAUAAGUCUCUCAGAUGCCAACCCAGGGUCAUCCCUGCCUCCAGGCAAACACACUUCUUGCCAGGACACAGAGUUUGGAUAUUUGGACAUAGAGUUGGACAUUGAAAGCCUCACAGAUCAGUGUCCCACAAGUUCCUUCACUCUGACAGCAGCCCAUCACGACCACUUUCAACCAUAUAGCCAGAUUGAGGAAACAUUGGAAUCUUCAGAAUGUCAACUUGACCAUGAUAAAUUCUCCAGGCAGGAUAAGGAACAUGAAGAGAGUCCUUACAGUGAACAAAAUGCCAUGGAAACACUGACAGACAUGGUCCAAGCCUACCAGGACACCAUGUCAGGAAGCAGAGGAACUUUGCCUUUGCCAAGCCUGAGCAACAAUUGCAGACAGCCGAGUUAUUUAGACCGUGUUCCUUCAUCAGGACAGCUGACUCAGAAAAGCAACCGCCAUCCGGUACCCCCAAAACACAGGCAAAGAACAAGAAGUUUGGUCGAAGCGGCUCCAUCGUCCUUAGGCCUGCUGUCUAUUGCAGAACCUACCAAGCUCAGCCAAUCAGCUCCCAGCAUCCUGGAACCACUCCUGUGUUCAAACUAUGUACUUCAGGCCAGGGCACACAUCCAGACACGAUUGGGCUCUCAUGAACCGAUCAGUGAGCAAAAGGGUCCCAAAUUGACUCUGCAACCCGCUGCCCUUCUCCGGACACCCAAACAGCUGGAACCACUGGACCUCAGGCUAAAAGACAAUGCUGCUACACCGGCAUUAAAGCACAGUUUUCCCCUGAAGCCAAUCACCAAGAGCCUUCGUUCCAUGACCCACUUUAAAAGAUGUUUAGGGGGCAACCCUCGUACCGGCCCCCUCACCAUCAGGUGUGGCAGUGAGGACAGCGGGUCCAGCACCAGCAGCCAGAGUUCUACUGACCUAGAAGACGAGGAUUAUGAAAGGAAUAUACAUGAAGACAUUCACUGGAUGUGUGCAGGGGCCAAGGUUUCAAAGCAUCAAAAAGGCAUGAGCUACACUGAGGAAGACAGUGAUUUUGGUGAUGGGAAGACAGUGCAGAGUUUAAAAGCUCUUUCAAAAAUCUGUUCCACAUCACCACUCCAUAAGUCAACACAAAUACAGAAACAAGAGCCUGUUGACUGUCAGACUUUUAUAAAUGGCAACAAUGCAAAUCAGGAUUACUGCAUAAGCAGUAGAGACACAGUGAAACAUGAAACAUCAUUCCCAUCAACGUAUAAUUUUAAUAUUAAAAAUGACUGCAAUAAGACUGCAAGACAGGCAGAUACAAUCAUUAAGGGUUACUUGGUGGAUAAACCUGCAACCACAAAGGAUUUCAAAGUAGGAGAAGGGACCUAUUGUGCAAUAGAGGGUGCCAAGUUAAAUACUAGCUCAGCUUUUGAAGAAAUGUCAUUAAAUUGUUCAAGUAACAGUCAAGUCGUGGAUCCUAAGAGUGUAAAACUGAAGAAAGAUUUAAAGCCUACUCAAAACGAGGCAAAAGAACUAAAUCCAAAUUGUGACUUGAGAACAAAGUCGUCCGUCACCCGACUCAAGCACAAAGACAGAAGCAUACUAAACCUGACUCAGGCCCCGAAAACUCUAACGCACCUCUGUAUUUCCAACCAGUCCAUAGAUAACCCUAAAAGAAGCCCUGCUCAAAUUGUUGGCAAAGAAGUACCUGUCUCUUUGGUUAAAUCGAACCUUACCUCUGGUAAGGUUGCUAGUUGGACCUCUGACACCCCAGCACCGCGAAAGAAGGGAGCUGUUAGUGCACACUGUAGAAGAGCAAAUCCUGACAAGGUAAGCUACCUCUGUACACAACAACUCCAGAAAGGCAGGGAGACGAAGAGCACCCACCAGUUAAAGAAUCCAGAUGUAGCUGGGACACAAAGAUCUAAAUCUGCCGUGGACUUCAUCACAUACAAAGACAUGUUUAAGACAAUUCAGAGUGAAGGCAAAGGGCCUGCGAUCUAUGAGAUGUUUGCUGGUCCAAUUUAUGAUAACCUUCGAAAUCCAGUCAACUUUGAGGACAAACAACCACGAGCCACCUAUUCCAAAAAGUUACAAGAGAUCCAUAAAGUCAAACAAAGACCCUUGAAACAAGUGCAGACUAAGCUAAGGAGAAGCCCGACAGAGACAAUAGUGAUUUCAACUAAAGGCAAAGCAAAACCUUUAUCUUCCAGGGUGAAACCUCACCUCAUACACACACCAAAGGACCCACACAAAAUGAAGUGUAUAAGUAAACCCGAGGCUAAGGUAGUUCUCAUUAAAGACGGCGAGAUGGGUCAUAACGCUGUAGGAAAGAAUGAAGAGCCUACGUUAUCGACUAUUGAUGAGGUUCUUACUGGAUUUAAGUCUGAAACAUUAAAAACAGGUGGCAAAUGUAUGCCAAUAACAGAUAAAGGUUAUAGUCGCUUUCAUACAAAUAUGGAAGAAACAGCUUUAAGUUCAACAAACAUCAAAACACGCACAGGAAAUACAAAUAAAAUGGGUCCUGAGCCAGCAUUAUCAAUAAGCCCCCAAAUGCCAAUGGUCGACACUUGGACAACUUGUCACAAUAGUGGCCACACUGUGAUGUCACCAGUGUAUCAGAAGUUUCUGGAUGAGGUUGGGGAUGGACCACUUACAGAUGACUUGUUGCAAUGUCUUGCUGAGGAGUUGAUCUCACUGGAUGAGAAAGACGUUUCCAUUGCCCCAUGUCCCCAAAACCGUGAAAUGGAGCGCAACGAAGGAGACAAUCCUGCAUCAAGAAAGAAGGAGAAUGCAGGGGUUACUUCAAUGAACUUGGCAGCCUUACAUGGAUUUAGGUCUGAUGACACAAUUUCUUGGACAAAGGGUGAAGUACUUGGCCGUGGAGCCUAUGGGACAGUAUACUGUGGACUGACCAGUCAGGGCCAGUUGAUAGCUGUGAAACAGGUGACUUUGGACACCUCUGACCCAGAGGCUGCAGAGAGCGAGUAUAGUCGUUUGCAGGGGGAAGUAGAACUUCUGAAAACCCUGAGGCACACCAAUAUUGUAGGCUUCCUCGGGACCUCCCUAUAUCAGCACAUGGUUUCCAUCUUCAUGGAGUACAUCCCAGGAGGAUCCAUCGCUAGCAUCCUUCAUAGAUUUGGUCCACUGCCAGAGCGUGUUUUGGCACUAUACACCCAUCAGAUCCUGGAAGGGGUGGCCUAUCUUCACUUCAACAGGGUCAUUCACCGUGACUUGAAGGGGAACAAUGUCAUGCUGAUGCCCACUGGUGUCAUCAAGCUUAUAGAUUUUGGCUGUGCACGUCGCCUCAGCUGCAUAACCCACACCACUAACAGCAGUGGGGACCUGCUCAAGUCUGUCCAUGGCACACCUUACUGGAUGGCACCAGAGGUUAUCACUGAGACAGGAUAUGGCAGGAAGUCCGAUGUCUGGAGUGUGGGUUGCACUGUUUUUGAGAUGGCCACAGGAAAACCCCCUCUAGCACACAUGGACAAAAUCGCCGCCUUGUUCUAUAUUGGGGCCAAACAAGGAUUGAUGCCUUCUUUACCUGAGGGAUUCUCAGAGAGCGCCAAAGACUUUGUGAACAUCUGCUUGACAAGUGACCAGAGAUUACGCCCCUCUGCGGACCAACUGCUCCAGCAUUCAUUUAUCCCAAAACACAGGAACGGUGUUACGUCUUGGAGCACACAGCAAAAGAACUUCUGUGGUCACUCAGAUGGACUUUGUGGUUUUAUCUGAUUCUUUGUUUUUGGAGUAAUGCAUUAAUGCUCCUAUCUACCAUAUGCAAAUAUACCGGUUAUAUACACAUAGAAAUGUUUAACACUGCAGUUAGUGCCAAAUUUAAAAAAUGUAAAAAUCAAAAAAUGUAAACCAACUCUUCAGUUAUGUGAUAAAAAAAAACAUACAUUCUCAGCAGUGGCGCUAAUAAACUUGAUACUAAAUUCCAAUUUAAGGGCAUUCUAUGACGUUUUUCCACAUUGCUUGAGUCUAAAAAGAAAAACUACCACAUUUUCCCUUUCAUCAUGUUUAAAAGUACAGUAAUCAGCAAACUUAGCCUUGGCCAUGGUAAGAGUUAGGGUUGAAGUUUAAUGUACAGAGCUGUUGUGAAGACAAUAGUUGUAGAUAUAUCAAGAGGAUGACAACAACCUAUCAAUUUCUGUCCAAAAUAUCUGCACUUCUCAAAAUGAAAAAAUAAAAACAGAAGGGCAUUUUACAUAAAUUACUUUCUUUUGAAUAGUACUAUUGGGUAUGUAAACAUGGCUGACAAGUAAAAGGCUUCAGUGCCUUACUAAUGUACAACACUUCAAAGGAUAUUCAGACUUACAUGGCACACUACAAUUGUCAAUUUUGUGUGUUAAUAUUAAGUUUGAACCAUACUUGUAUGCUUUUUUGGUGCAACUCAUACCACAUGGGUAGUACGACAAAAAGCAGCACCCGCUGUAGGAGGGCUGUUUCAGUACAUGCCUCUGGAACACUGCAUUCCACCAAUAGUGCCCAAUCUGUUUAACAAAAAAGAGCAUUUUAAACUUUUUACAACUACUCCGUCAUAAUUACAAGCAGACCCAAACCUGAGUAUUUGAUAUAAUUAUCUUACCAUACAAAAACGUAUGUACAUUUGUCUCCACUUCCUGUGAAUAGUAUGUUCCAACUUCUCAUCCCUUUGAUGAAGACUUACAAACUCAGUACUGAAGUGUAAAAAUAAAUCAAGAAAAGCCACUAAGAAGAUGAAACUCAAAAGGCAUCCACCAAGAUUACCAUAUGGAAUGCCAACAAACUGAAGCUUAACUCCUUUCCAGCUGGUCAUGACCAUACUUCAUACAAAGUGUAAUUAAAAAUAAAAAACAAAAUGAGUGCAGUGCAUAUUGCAUUACUUAUUGAGAGAAUGUGAUAUACUGUAUUAGCUUUUCAAAAUGGAGAUUUGAAAUU